UUUAAGUUUAGGUUUAGAGAAUCGUGUCAGAAUUGACAUCAAUAUACGGCUUUUUAAAACUUAUGUAUGCUCUUCCGUCUUUCCUUUUCAUUCUGUAUAGAGAAUGACAGUCUAAAAUUAAAUUUGACAACAGUUGUUGUCAAAUUUAAUUUUAAGUUUAGAGAAUCACGCCAGAAUCGACACCAUUGUGUUCCUUGUCAUUCUCUAUACAGAAUGAAAAAGAGAGACUGAUGUUAAAUUUAGUUUUAAGUUUAGAGAAUCACGCCAGAAUCGACACCAUUGUUUACCUUCUUCUUUAUUUACUAAUUAUUUAUGAAGGCAGUUAACAACAUCUUGAGGUAACAAUAAUUGGCAAAGACACACGACAACACAAUAAAUAUUAGGUAAAAAAAGUGGAAAUAACAAGAUUGACAUGCCAAGAUCCAUAGAUAUUUAUAUAUCGAAGGCUCUUUACCAGUCGAUGUAUGUCUACUGAUCAUCCGUAGAUAAAUAUCUAUUGCGACAUGGUGAGAAUAGGGCAAAAAGGUUUUCCUUCGAUAAAAGCCAGAUCAUUCGAUAUAUAUCGAAGGUGAUAUAAUAUCUAUGCCGCGAGAAUUGGGCCCCAGGAGCUCAAAAAAGUGCCUUCGCGCAUUUUAUGAAAAUCUUUCUCUGCAAUUUUGGGUUUAAUUAAAAAAAUAAGCAAAAUUUUAAAAAAGCGAGGCCGCUACGAACUAGGCCAAUAGUUAUUCUGCACUAUUCAAUAGAUCAAAAUUGUUAAUGUAUAUUUGUUUCUGAGAUUAAGAACGCCAAUUUACGCAAAAAUCACAGUCGAGAUGUAAUAUCGCCCUGAGCGCAGGUAUAAAGCCAGCGGACAUUUUACUUAACGGGACCUAUAGCAUCUGAGGUUGCACUUGUUUUUUUUUAUUUUUGAAUGUUUUUGACAAAACAUGCAUAUCGAUACUUGUCGAAGCUGGUAGUUUUUUAGGAGCUUCCCACACAAAAAGAAGAAAGCGAAUUCCGUUGGUGAUAGUUUUGACUUGAAUUACUUUUUUUAAAAGCUUCAGAACAUUAUUCUCCUAGUUAUACCUAUGUAUAUUUUUAAUGUAAGUUACAAUCACCGGUACAAAAUUAUUUUUACUAAUAUUACAGCUACAGAAAUGUAUAUUCGUUACGUAUUUAUGCAAUAUCAAAUUUUAUACCUCAGGAACGGUGGCUCUGAGGAAAAAAUAUUACUUUCUUUUUUAUAGAUAUUUUUAUGUCCAAUUUAACGAUAUAACUUACUGUUUUGAUGAAAUCAUAAUCAUUUAUUCAGUUGUAACAAGCACUCGUGAAUAUCUAGAAGCUACGCCAUCGCAACGGUUCGUAAAUCUACGGCGGGAGACCUUGUA